GCUCCACUGCGUAUGAGGUUUGAUGCUACUGCUGCCCGGAGUGAAAGUCAGAGCCAGAGGAAGGCAAUGGAGCCCCCACAGACACACUUACCUUUCCUGCCCCCCACUUUUGAGUGCCUUCCCUGGAGCUGUGGAGGAUGACACAAAGGGAUUUGAGUUGGUCAAAAUGAACAACCGUAAAACCAAGAAUAACAGUGCAAUGCAUGCAGAAUGUCUUUCACAGGUGCAAAGAAUUUUACGUGAAAGAUUUUGUCAUCAGAGUCCACAUAGUAACUUAUUUGGAGUGCAACUACAAUACAAGCAUUUAAUUGAGCUACUCAAAAGAACUGCUAUCAAUGGAGAAAGUAACUCUGUACUUAUUGUUGGACCAAGAGGAUCAGGAAAAACCAUGUUAAUAAAUCAUGCUUUGAAGGAACUCAUGGAAAUAAGAGAAGUGAGUGAAAAUGUGUUACAAGUUCACCUAAAUGGACUGCUGCAGAUAAAUGAUAAAAUUGCUCUGAAGGAGAUCACAAGACAAUUAAAUCUAGAAAAUGUAGUUGGAGAUAAAGUUUUUGGAAGCUUUGCUGAAAACCUUUCAUUUCUUCUGGAAGCUUUAAAAAAAGGUGACCGUGCUAGCAGUUGCCCGGUGAUCUUCAUACUGGAUGAAUUUGAUCUUUUUGCUCAUCAGAAAAACCAGACACUCCUUUAUAAUCUUUUUGACAUUUCUCAAUCUGCACAGACACCAGUAGCAGUUAUUGGUCUUACAUGUAGAUUGGAUAUUCUGGAACUCUUGGAAAAAAGAGUGAAGUCACGGUUCUCUCACCGGCAGAUACAUUUAAUGAAUUCAUUUGAUUUUCCACAAUAUAUAAAAAUAUUUAAAGAACAAUUAUCUCUACCUGCAGAAUUCCCAAAUAAAGUUUUUGCUGAGAGGUGGAAUGAGAAUAAUCAGUGUCUCUCAGAAGACCCAACUGUGUGUGAAGUUCUACAGAAACUUUUCAAUGUCAACAAAAACUUGCGGUCAUUGAAUAUGCUAUUGAUGCUUGCUUUAAAUCGAGUAACAGUAUCACACCCAUUUAUGACUUCAGCAGAUCUGAUGGAGGCACAGCAUUUGUGUACCUUGGAUUCUAAAGCAAGUAUUAUACAUGGGCUGUCAGUCUUGGAAAUGUGUCUUAUAAUAGCAAUGAAACAUUUAAAUGACAUCUAUGAGGAAGAGCCCUUUAACUUUCAAAUGGUCUAUAAUGAGUUUCAGAAGUUUAUUCAAAGGAAGGCCCAUUCUGUUUAUAACUUUGAGAAACCUGUGGUCAUGAAGGCAUUUGAGCAUUUACAACAAUUGGAAUUAAUAAAACCCAUGGAAAGAACUUCAGUCAAUUCACAGAGAGAAUACCAGCUAGUGAAACUACUUUUGGAUAAUACUCAAAUUAUGAAUGCCCUACAGAAGUACUCCAACUGCCCUACAGAUGUCAGGCAAUGGGCAACGUCCUCACUAAGUUGGCUGUGAACAUUUUAAGUACAUUUCUGUAAAGAACUAAAUGCUACUGCCCUCUAUCAAACAAGAUAUGUUAUUACAUUCCUUUGUAAAUACUGUUUGAGAAACCUGCACUUAUUACCCUGACUUAUGUGUUGAAUCAUGACUAUACAUAUACACAAUCCUGUUGUUGUAAAUUGCACUACACUAAUAGCAAUUCAAAAUAAUAAAACGUAACUAUCUUGGGGAUAGUACAUAUUGAUGAUUUAAGUGUACAUUCUGGAUCUACUUUAGUUCAGAAGGGAUCAGAAUUUGCCAUCUAACGUAUCUUAAAGGAUUUCAGGGAAACUGCUUCCACAAAUAGAAGUAUUUUGCAAUAUUAGCUGCUCGCUUCAAAAAGGAAUUCCCUAAGAACAGAAUGUCAAUCAGAGGUCUACAUCAUAGAUUCAUAAACCUAAAAGUAACAGAGGUUGAGGUGUAGUCAUUCACUAGCUUCAUUUGUUCAGGAAAAUUGCAUUGCAUAUUUGGUCACAGUAAUAUUUUAUUUAUAAUUUAUACUUAUAUUUUAUAUUUAUAAUUUAUAAAAUAUAUCACCCAUCUGUGUGCAAUUUAUAAAGACUUUAACUGCAGAACAGAUUAGAAAACUAACACACCAGUAGUAGUGUCCCAGGAUCACAGUGUGGGAAUGUCUGCUGGUGUCCCCUAGAAUGAAGCUUGGUUUGACUGACACUAAAGCCUAUAUUAAUAAAAACUAAAGUUCUACAAUACAUUCCUUACCUCAGGUAAAACCCUACUUUCUUAUGCAGCCUAAAACAUAUUUAGCCUUGUAUAGUUUAAUGCUUUCUCCCAGCCCUAUCUCAUUAAGUCUAACAUUUGCAUAGUGAUUUCAUGACAUAGUCCACACUUUUUUUUUUCCAAAAUAUUUAACGUGGUAGCAUUACUACUGAAUAAAAGCAAAAUUUUCCUUUAAAAAAAAAUGUAGCAACAGGACAAGUCUAUAGUCCCAACAUGUAGGAGACUUGUCAAUCAAAAGAGAAUCAAGCAUUUGUGGCCAGUCUGGGCUACAUAGUGAGAGCCUGUCUCCAAAAAAAAAAAAAAAAAAAAAAAAAAGUCCUUCUCCAAUGAGAAUUUCACACUUACUUAGAUGCUGCUUACAAGCUAAGUCCUCUGCUUUCCUGGCUGGGUGACAAACAGGUAAGGUAAAUUUUUAUUUUUAAAAACUGAUAAAAAUGAGGCAGUAGUAACCAUUUAGGAUAUGCAAAUAUAGGUAUACAUUGCAAGUUUGUUAGCUAGUUUCAUCUCAUUGCUUAAACUACAUUAUUAAAUCUAAUCAAGAAGAGCAUAAGUUACUAAAAAUGGUAUUAAAGUAUGUAUCUGUAAUGUGUAAUUCCAUAGCUUCAGAGGUGAAAACAAGAUGAGUAUCUACUUGUAGGAGCCUAAAUAAGAGUUCCAAACUAGCCUGAGUUGUCUUUUUAAAAAAAAAAAAUAAAUAAAUAAAAAUGAAUGUGGACAGAAAGUAUUACUUGAGGAUUCUCUUCAAUGAAGAAAAAUAUAAAUCAACUCAAGAGUUCCCUCGGUCAACAGACGGAAGAACAACCAGAAAGGACUUAGGCUUCUUCCCUGUGGCCUACUGAAACUUUGAUCUUGUUUAAAAGACAUCUCUGAUUUAUAUGCAGACACAUAUCUCUGAGUAAUGUCUUAAGAAUUAGACAUUGCAGAAUGUGCUGUGGAAAAGAGCAUUUCUGUAGCAGUGUAGCAGUCCUGCAUAUUCCACCAUUGCCCUUUGAUUUGACUUGGAUGACAAUGUGGGUUCUUUGAAAGCAGUAAUCUAAGUGUCACCUUCACCUUUGUCCUAAGAGCACAGAAUCUGAUCAAUGCACUGGCUUUACCAACAAAGCUCUGCAUUCCUUCCGUGGGCAGUAAGAACCAACACAGACACAGGGUAGAAAGACAGUCUUGAUUAGACAACAGUGAAAGGAAAAUGCACUAAUUCAUAAACGUCUCUGCUUUCAUGACUAUCCUUGAAAAUCUCAAGGCAGAAACCUCAACUGUAAAUUGGAAAACUGUUACUCUCUUGAAGAACAUACAUAGCUAAAGAAAAACUGCAUGUACAAAUAAUACCAUAUUCAUUUUUUUAUUUAACAUGGGGAAUGGAAUGGGGAUAGCAUACAUUUUAUUUGUACAAUAUUUAACAAUCACUUAUUCAAGGUGGGAUUUUAUGGGGAUUUUUUUUUCAUUUUUAGCUUUCCAUUAAAUACUUGCAGAAAAAAAAAAAUAGCAAGUACAAUAUGACAGUAGUACAACAACCUGUGCCCAAAACACUGACAAGAAAUACAGAGUAAAGCUAAAGUAAUCGUUUACCAAUAUUUUGAGAGGUAACAAAUAGGGAGAUACGGGUUGAGACUGCAUAAAAAACGUACUGCUGGUUGAAUAUCUGAGGUAAAUGAUGUUUAAUCAAGAUGCUACUUGUAUCUUUGUCCAUAAAUUGUAAAUAAUUUUAUGCACAUUAUACCAAAUGUUCCUAAAAAGUAAUUUUUCAAAAAAGUAAAAAAGAGAAACUGGAAAAUA